ACUACAGUUACAUUGUUGCCACUCAGUGAGGAUGUCUGUGCGAGAUGGGGUCGCCUCCCGGGGCGGGGCGUCACUGGCUGAGACUUGCAGAUCUUCAACAGAAAAUGUGAAGUUAUCUCGAAAGUUGCUCAAUUUACUACUCUCUAAUUAUUUCACAAUGGGGAAGCUGGUUUUCGUAUCACUUUUUGUUGCUGCUUUAUCAGCAUUUCUUGGAGAGAGAGUUAUUAACUUGAGGAAAAGGACUCUUGCUUCCAGAAAGCUUGUCCAAACCCACCUCCCGAACUGCCAUCUAAUCAAAAGCCUUGAGUACGGAUCAGAGGACCUCAUAAUACUUCCCAAUGGACUUGCUAUUAUUAGCACCGGCUUGAAGGAUCCUGUAUUGCCAUCCUAUUGAGAUGCCCCUGGAAAGAUGUACACCCUUGAUCUGAGUGAAGAUUCUAGGAUGAAACCAGUGGAGCUCCGCAUGGGGAGAGGCUUUGACCUGGACUCCUUCAAUCCACAUGGAAUCAGUGUAUACACAGAUGAGACAGAUAACUCAGUAUACCUGUUUGUGGUCAAUCACCCUCAACAAAAAACCCAAGUUGAGAUCUUUCAGUUUGUUGAGGAGGACCACUCCCUUGUCUAUGUGAAAACCAUAAAGCAUGAACUCCUUCACAGUGUGAAUGACAUUGUGGCUGUGGGAGUGGAGAGCUUCUAUGCCACCAACGAUCAGUAUUUUGGUGGAGGCACUCUGAAUACCCUGGAGGCACUUCUGGCUCAGCCCUGGUCUAACGCUGUGUAUUACAGCCCUGAAGAGGUCAAAGUAGUGGCUGAGGGAUUCUACAUGGCCAAUGGCAUCAACAUCUCACCUGACAAAAGGCACAUAUAUGUGGCAGACUUACUUGACCACAACAUACAUGUUUUGGAGCGACUGGAAAGCAACGGUUUGGCCCCCGUGAAGGUCGUGGAAGUGGGCUCUCUUGUUGACAACAUUUAUGUUGACCCUGAGACUGGCGACUUGUGGAUAGGUUGUCACCCUAAUGGCUGGAAACUAUUCCAGAAUGACCCUGAGGAUCUACCUGGAUCUGAGGUGAUUCAGAUUAAAGACAUCCACUCUGAGAAGCCAGUGGUGACCCAGGUGUAUGCUGAUGACGGCAGUGUGCUCAUAGGAUCCUCUGUAGCAGCUCCCUACGGAGCAAAGCUUCUCAUAGGAACAGUCUACCACAAAGCCCUGGUCUGUGAUCUAGCCACAGUAGACCAGUAGCCAAUGCUCUAUGUAGAAAACAGCCAUCCGACAUGGGUUGUGGUCGGAAGAGUGCAAGUGUUCAACGUACUGAACGUUGCAGAUAGAAAUGCAAUGAAUAUAGUUAACAGUCAAUGUUGUACCCUACUGAAUGCUACAGUGGCCUGUGGGGUUCAACUUGCCAGGUAAAAAAAAAUAUGUUAAAGUUAAUUCAUUGCACACUGUCUAAUCACUGGGAGUUAGCUGGCAGAAUGAUAGGUCAAAGAUACCGCUGGUGCACUGAACGAGACCUGUAAUAAUAAAUAGUAGUGUUACAAGUGCCACAUUGUAUAAAAGUUGAUAAAUGACUGGGUAAAUUACAUUUGAAAUGCAUGACAUUGGUUUCUUGAUAAGAAUAAGCUGACAGUUAGUUAUGUUUAAAUUACAGGUACGUCUCACUGAUUUAACAUGGAAAACGUGUUUUAUAAGCUGUUUUUACCCUCUUUGUAAUGUGAACUAGAUUCAGUUGUGAUGUACCUGAAUAUUGUUUUCUUCGCAAAGUGUGUUAAAUCUUUACAUUAAAUGUGUGCUGCUAAUUUGGCAUGCAAGUCUUA